AUGUAUAGAAUAAUAUCUACGCCUGCCCAUAAAUUCCGCCAAUUCGGGCGACUCCAAGCCAAGCCCUCCGGCGCCGCCACCGACGAGGAACACGCCUACCUCAUCCUAUGGCGUCAUCAGAUCCUCGACCCCGACAGCGACAUCGUUGCACGUUGGAACAGGAUCUUCCUCGUUACCAGUCUCAUUGCGCUUUUCAUCGACCCCCUUUACUUAUAUCUGCCCAACAUCGGAGGCCCCGGUUGUUUACAAACCAGUACAGGAUUGAGCAUCAUCGUUACUCUUCUACGCUCUUUCUCUGACCUUUUCUAUGCGCUCCACAUGAUCAUGAAAUUUCGGACAGCCUUCGUGGCCCCAAAUUCCAGGAUUUUUGGUCGGGGUGAGCUGGUUACCGAUGCCCGAGAAAUUGCCAGACGCUACUUGAGGUCGGAUUUUGUUAUCGACCUUGCCGCAACCCUUCCACUACCCCAGAUUGUCAUUUGGUUGGUGGUUCCAUCAUCCUCGGCUGACCACGCCCACAUCACUCUUGCUCUUUUCGUGCUUAUUCAAUAUGUUCCUAGACUGUUUCUUAUCUUCCCACUAAACAAGCGUAUUGUCAAAACCUCUGGUGUUGUUGCCAAGACUCCAUGGACUGGAGCUGCAUAUAAUCUUCUACUUUACAUGCUAGCCAGUCACGUUGUAGGAGCAACUUGGUACUUAUCCGCAAUAGCACGACAAUUAAACUGUUGGACUGAAGAGUGCAAAGCUGAGAACGAAUUACAAACCCUGUCUUGCCUUGUAAGUUAUCUUGAUUGCGGGACUUUGGACAACCCCGAUAGGCAAUACUGGCUAAAUGUCACCAAUGUUGUUAAGAGUUGCGAUGUAAAGAGCGGAAAUAACAAAUAUUCGUUUGGGAUGUUUCAAGAUGCUUUCAGGAAGGCUGUUGCUACUGGCAGUUUCAGUGAGAGAUUUUUCUAUUGUCUUUGGUGGGGUAUUAGAAAUUUAAGCUCAUACGGACAAAACUUGGACACCACUGUAUUUAUUGGUGAAACACUUUUUUCCAUCAUGCUAUGCGUUGUUGGAUUAGUUCUCUUUGCACUUUUGAUAGGAAACAUGCAGACAUAUUUAGAGUCAAUGUCAGCAAGACUUGAAGAAUGGAGGAUUAGGAAGAGAGAUACUGAGGAAUGGAUGAGACACCGCCAGUUACCUCCAGAUUUGCAAGAGCGUGUUCGUCGCUUUGUUCAAUAUAAAUGGCUUGCAACAAGAGGAGUUGAUGAGAAAUCCAUAUUGCUUUCAUUACCUUUGGAUCUUCGUCGUGAAAUUCAACGCCACUUGUGUCUCGCUCUUGUUCGACGCGUUCCCUUCUUCUCACAGAUGGAUGAUCAACUCCUUGAUGCCAUUUGUGAACACCUUGUGUCGUCCCUAAGCACUGAAGGAACCUGCAUUUUUCGAGAGGGUGAUCCGGUGAAUGAAAUGGUGUUCAUCAUUAGAGGCCAACUAGAAAGCUCCACGACUAAUGGUGGAAGGUCCGGGUUCUUUAAUUCCAUUACCCUCAGACCUGGAGACUUUUGCGGCGAGGAACUAUUGACAUGGGCUUUAAUGCCAAACUCCAGCUCGAACCUUCCUUCUUCAACCCGAACUGUUAGGGCUCUUACUGAAGUCGAAGCUUUCGCAUUACAGGCAGAUGAUCUCAAAGUUGUGGCGGCUCAGUUCAAGCGCCUUCAUAGUAAGAAACUUCAGCAUGCUUUUAGGUAUUACUCCCAUCAAUGGAGGGCUUGGGCAGCUUGCAUAAUAGAGGCUUCUUGGAGAAGGUAUAAGAAACGCAAGGCAUCUAGGGAGUUAUCCCUAAGAGAGGGCCUCUACUUUAUUGCAAAACCAGAGGGAGAAACUAGUUAUGGCGACCUGCUUGAGUUGGAGGGCUCAUCAGGGGACGCCAUAAUUGGGACUCAGGCUCUUGCUGCUACAGUUAUGGCUUCCAAGUUUGCUGCAAAUGCAAAGAAAGGGACUAUAGGCCAUAAAGCAGUUCAAGGCAGUGAUCCUGUGCCCCAAUUGUUCAAGCCAGAUGAACCUGAUUUCUCUGUGCUAUAG